AUGCGCAUCUUCACGAACGGGCGCAUCUUCACGUCGGCGCACGACGACGACACGCUGCACGACGCGCUCGUGGUCGACGGCGACCGGAUCGCGUUCGUCGGCAGCAACGCCGACGCAGCGGCGGCGGCGCCGGAUGCCGAGGUCGUCGACCUCGCCGGCCGCGUCGUCCUCCCCGGCAUUCUCGACGGGCACAUCCACACGCUCCAGUUCGGGAGCUUCCUCACGCGCUUCGUGUGCCUCGAAAAGACAGCGGCCGAGGUACAAGACCUGGUGCGCGAGCGCAAGCGCGCAACGCCAGACGCCAAGUUCCUGCUCGGCGCGAGCUUCUUGUACGACACACUCGGCGUGCCGCCCACCAAGGAGAUUCUCGACGCGGCGGAGCCCGACACGCCCGUGUUCAUCGACAGCGCGGACCUGCACUCGUGCUGGGUGAACUCGGCCGCGCUGCGCGCGCUGGGAAUUACGCGCGAGACGCCGGACCCGCCCGGCGGCGAGAUCGAGCGGGACGCGGAUGGCGAGGCGACGGGCUUCCUCAAGGAGAACGCGUUCCACACUAUCGUGUGGCCCUACCUGUCGGAGAAUACGAGCAAGGACGAGCGCAAGGCCGCGCUCAAGCUCGCGUUCGAAGGCUUCCUCUCCACAGGCGUUACAGGGGGCGUGGACAUGGCGAUGAUGGAGGACAGCCUCGAGGCCAUGGAGGAGAUGUAUGAGGAGAUGGGCGGGCGCCUCCCCAUCCGCAUCAACGCGCACUGGUUCAUCAACAGCCUCGGCACGCAAGCCGACCACGCGGCGCAGGUGCGCCGCGCCGCGGCCGAGCGCGAGCGCCUCAAAUCCAAGGCACCGUGGCUGAACGUAAUUGGGAUCAAGACGAUUUCCGACGGCGUCGUCGACUCGUGUACGGCAUACAUGAAAGACCCGUAUCCGGACGGGAGCAAGCCCGGCCCGAUCUGGCCGAAAGACGACCUGACGGCCGUUUUCGUGCUCGCCGACUCGCUGGGCCUGCAGAUCGCGUGUCACGCCCUCGGCGACGCAGCGAGCGAGCAAGCGCUCGACGCAUUCGAAGCGGCGAUCGCCGCCAACGGACCCCGCGACCGCCGACACCGCAUGGAACAUCUUGAGAGCAUCACGCCCGAGAGCGUCGCGCGCCUCACGCGCCUCGGCAUCGUCGCGUCCCUGCAGCCCCUGCACGCCGACCCCGUGUACAUGGCCAACUGGCGCAAGAUGCUCGGCUACGAUGCACGCACGGACCAGGCCUUCCCGUGGCAUGAGUUCCAGAAGGCCGGCAGCCGCAUCAGCUUUGGCACGGACGCGCCGGUUGCACCACAUCACGCAUUCCCGAACCUGUAUACCGCGACGACGCGCCGGUCGGGCGUUAAUGCCCGCAUGGGCGCGCCCACGGAUCCGCGGCUGCUGGCAAUGGAGAAGUUUGCUUUCCCGCUCGCAGUCAGUAUCCGGCACUACACCGCGGGGACGGCGUACAGCGUCCGCCAGGAGGGGGAGUAUGGAAGUCUGGAGAAAGGGAAGAGCGCGGAUUUCGCUGUCAUCAACAUCAACCCGUUCCGGGACGGCGUGAAUAGCCUGCGUGAGGCGCAGGCUGGCGUCGACGAGACAUGGAUUGGAGGCGAGUGUGUGUGGCGGCGUGAGGCGUAA